AUGGGUGGUAGUGGGUUGCCCGAUCGCGGCGGCCAAGGUUUUGUCGGAGGCUGGCCGAUUCUUGAUUGGUUGGUCUUCGGCCGCGUGCAGAUCCUUGAGACCCGCCCCAUGCGCUACUUUAAGUGCAUGGGGUUGGGACACGCCCGACAGCUAUGUCCCUCCCAGACGGACCGCAGCGAGUUGUGCUUCAGAUGCAGCAGCACGGGACACAAAGCGGCGGAAUGCACGGCUGACGCGCGUUGCGCGGUCUGUGACGAGAAUGGCCGAGAUGCCAACCACCACAUGGGGGGGAGGAACUUUAAUCCUCCCCAAACGAGAGGGAAGACAGCCGCCGGGGUCCUUGUCCCCUUGGUAGCAGAGGAGCACCAGGAAGCGAAUUUAAACCACGCCGCUGGGGCGCAGGAUCUCUUCCAUCAGUCCCUAGCGUCGUGGAACAUCGAUGUUGCGGUCGCCGCGGAGCCCUACUGGGUCUCCCCCCAAGCCCACUGGGCAGGGGACGCUGUGGGUGACGUGGCGAUUGUCUGUCGGACGGGGCCCACCGCAAAACCUCUCCUGCCACGGGAGCGAGGUCCUGGGUUCGUGUCGGCCGUCUGGGAAUACGGGAUAGUGGGCGUAUACAUUUCGCCCAACCGGCCCCUGUCGGAUUUCGAGGCGUACCUCCGCGUGUUGGGACCGGUGAUUCAGAGGCUUGCGCCGCUUCAGGUCAUCCUCAUGGGCGACCUGAACGCCAAAUCACGGUCCUGGGGCGGGAACGCCACCGAUGUCCGAGGCCGGGCCCUAGAGGACUGGGCGGCGGAAGUCGGACUGUCGGUCCUGAACACCGGGACAGACUACACGUGCGUGCGGCCGCAGGGCAAUUCAAGGGUGGACGUUUCUUUCGCCACCCCUGUGGUGGCACGCCGUGUGGUCAACUGGCGGGUAAUGGAGGAGGAGACACUCUCGGAUCACCUGUACAUCCGAUUUGAGAUCUCCCCCUCCCUGAGCCCUAAUGCUCCUCGUCAGUCCGGCCGCUCGGCCUUUCCCAGAUGGGCUAUCACCAAGCUGGACAGAGAAAAGGCUGAGGAAGCCGCCAUUGUCCAAGCUUGGUGCUCCAAAGGAAGGACCCCUCCUCCGGACGCCGAUACCGGUGCCACCCGCCUCCGCGCGGCUCUGACGGUGACCUGCGACUCUGCGAUGCCGAGAGCCUGUUGCGCGCCAAACCGACGGCAGGUGUACUGGUGGUCUCAGGAGAUAGCGGAUCUCUGGGCCACCAGCAACGCUGAGAGAAGAGCCUACACGCGCCACCGCCGACGCGCAUCACGCGAUCCAGCGGAGGAAGCCCGCCUCUACGAGGUCUUCAAGGAGGGUAAGCAGAUCCUCAAUGUGGCUAUCCUGGAGGCCAAGGCGGAGGCUCACAACUCCAUGCUGGAGGAGCUCGAUGCGGACCCGUGGGGGCGCCCAUACCGUGCUGCGCGCAACAAGCUGCGCAGCCAAUCAGCGCCCAUCACGGAGACUAUGGAACCGGACCUCCUUCGGCAAGUAGUUGGGAGCCUGUUCCCCGAGCAGGGGGGCCAUCGUGCCCCAGCCCUUCCCCAGCCGAGGAAUCUUCAACCGGAGCCUCCGAUUCCCCCAGAUCCUUCGCCUGGUCAUGCGGGUGGAGGAGAACGAGGAUCAGAGUAG